AGGUCUAGUACAGCGUCAGUUUAUCCCGGUACUGCUGUAGUAGGGUUAAUGAUCCCCAGAAAUCCUGGCAAAUAUGGGGUUAAUUCCAUGGCCGAAGACAAUUUUGGAGAGGGAAUGUCAGCAUCUCUCAACGUGGAAAACUGUUUUAGAGCUAAUGCUUCCUUACCAACACCAACCAAAGAAAGAAACUAUUAUCUGUCUAUAGAGGAGCGAACGUGGAAUUAUGGUCCCUCUGGGUUUGAUGAGAUGAUAAAGACAACGCUCGCUCAACCUGGAUCACCAUCGGCUCUAUUUUUUGACUCCGCCAAUGGCUUAGGUGGAAAUUAUAAGAAAAUGGAAUAUAUUCAGUAUACAGAUGACAGUUAUGGCCAGAAAGCUAACAGGACACCUAACGAACAGCACCUUGGGUUGCUAGGGCCGCCAUUACGAGUUGAAGAGGGAGAAACUGUCAAUCUUAUGUUAAGAAAUAAAGGAAAUAAAAAAUAUUCGUUUGUUGGACAAAGUUUAUAUUAUAAUCCAAGUGACUCUGGAUAUUCUGGUGUGCUUUAUCCCAGUUUCACGCACACAUACAAGUUCCAAGUGCCAGAAAAUAUAGUACAAGCGGAUGAUCCAAACUGUGUAGUCAGGUUGUAUUACUCCGCUGAUGACUUCCCUGGCGAUGUGAAUGAGGGACUGAUUGGGCCAUUGUUAAUAUGCAGAUCUGGUACACUCAAUGCCAACAAUAAACCGAUAAAUUUCACCAGAGAAUUUUUCUUACUUUUUAAAAAUUUUGAUGAAAGUAAAACGAGUUUAUUUCAAUCCAAUAUUAAAGAGUUUGCCACGAAUCAGUCGGUCGAUCAGUUCAACUCUAGAUUUCAACUGUCUAACAAGAGACAAAGUAUCAACGGGUAUUCUUAUGGUAAUUUACCAAUGCUGGCCAUGUGUCAAGGAGAAAAUGUGAUACUAUACAUGAUGACGCUAGGAAAUAGCGACGAGGAUGUUUCUGUACAUUUCCAUGGCAAUAGAUUAGAAGAAAGAAAAAUAACGAGAGAUACUGUUGGAUUGAUUUCUGGUAUGACUAAAACCAUGACCAUGAAACCGGAAGCCUUAGGAAUAUGGGGAAUUGUAUCCACAAUCCAAGAACAGUAUUUGAUGGGCAUGACCGGGCGCUACAGUGUUAAUACGUGUACGCCAGCAUUCGGUUCCACCCGCGGACCUACCCCAACUGCAAUGCCACAAACGCCAACUGGGAUUAAUAGCCCAACUAGGCGCUAUGCUAUAGGAGCUGUAGAGGUGGAUUGGGAUUAUGCUGCCAAAGAAAGAGAUCUUUUUAACGGCGUUGAUUUGAAUGACCCUCGAGCUGAUGCCAAUGCCUACAUAAAGAAUGAUCAAAGUUAUAUAGGCAGUGUUUAUAAGAAAGCAGUGUUCCGAGGAUUUGCUGAUACUGCCUUUAAACAACAAAUCAAUCGAGGCUUCGAUGUCAGCCAUCUUGGAAUUUUAGGACCAGUGAUUAAAGCAGAAGUUGGUGAAAAUAUUGAAAUUUUCUUCAAAAAUCUUGUGAACAGCACGAGGAAGUUUUCCAUCCAGCCUCAUGGAGUACAACUUGAUAAAGAUAACGAGGAAUUCUUCUACGAGGAUGGGCAGAGGUAUCAACCUCUCGUUGGCGUUGCUUUCGACCAGGCCAAGAUUUACAAAUGGUCUGUUCCCGCCAGUGCUGGUCCUGGACCAAAAGACCCUAAUUGUAUCACGUGGUUGUAUUAUUCAGCCGUUGAUAAAAUACGUGACGUAGAGUCCGGUCUGAUCGGUCCGCUGCAAAUUUGUCGAAAAGGCACUCUCAAUGUUUAUGGCCAGCGACAAGACGUCAAUCGAGAGUUUCAUUUACUUUUCAAAAAAUUUAACGAAAAUCAAAGUUGGUUUUUGGAUGCCAAUAUUCUUAGUUCGGCGCCAGGAAGAGUUGGAACUGAUUUUCCAUCGGAUUCAAGUUUCGAAGAAAGCAAUAAAAUGUUUAGUAUCAAUGGCGAAUCGAAUGGAAAUCUAAAAGGAUUGGCAAUGUUGGAAAAGGAAACCGUAGCCUGGAAUUUCUAUGCAAUCGGAGAUAACGAAGCAUUCAAAACAGUCCGUGUAAAUGGAAAUACGUUUACCAGACCCAGCGAACACAACGAACGAGCAGAUGCCAUGGAACUCUACCCAGGAACCUCAGAAUCUGUUAUAAUGGAAGCCAAUAAUGCUGGGAAGUGGUUGAUAACUAGUGAUGUAUCCACUCACGUCACAAAGGGAAUGUCGGCAACAUACCAGGUUAUCAGGCCAAGGUAA